UACAAUGUUAGUUGAUCUGGAUUUUAAUUUGAUUCAUUUAAUUUAUUUAUUUUAAUAAAUUUUUUUGAAUGAAAAAUACUUUACUUUUAUUUCAAAUAAAAAUAUAUUAUUUUUUCUUUUUUUUUAAUUAUUUUUAAUUUAAAUGAGAAUUAUCUUUUAUGAAUUGUCAUAAUUUUAAAAAAGAUUUUUUUAUAUAAUUCAACAGUUUUAUAAAUAUAAAUGUACAUAUAUAUUUAUUUUUAUGGUUUAAAAUUUUAAUAUUAUUAUAAUAUUUAAUAAAACUUAUUUAUAAUGAUAUAUAUUUUAUGAUGACAAAUAGUAUAUAAAUAUCAAUCAAAUAUUACCAGGAGCACAUGAUAGAAAAACUAAAAACUAUGAAGUAAUUAUAGGUUAUAAACAUAACCUAUAAAUAAAAUACUUACGUAUAUACAGCGCUAGAUACAAAAAUGCAACCAAAACUUGAUAUAAAUAAAAUGUCCAGUCAACCAAAAAAACGUAGAAAAAUUAAUCUUGUAUUUGAUGAGAACAAAAGACGAGAAUUUCUGAAAGGAUUUCGUAAAAGAAAAUUACAAAGACAACAAAAAGCUAAAGAAGAAUUGCAACAACAAUUAAAAGAAGAAAGAAAAAGAAUUAAACAUGAGACACGAGAACGUUACAAAAAGUUAUUGUCAAAUCGUGAUAUUCCUGAAAUUCAACAAUUAUUAUCUCAGCAAGAGUAUGAAACGGAAGGACAUACUGUUAGUAUACUAGAAUUAAAUAUUGAUGAUUUAGCAGAAAAAAAUGCAUUAAUUGGUGAAAAUAAAGGUAUUAAUACUUCAGAAAUGGAUAAAGAAAUAGAAAAUGACAAAAAUCAUUCUGAAAAUGAUGAAGAAAUUAUAGGAAUGUCUAUAAAGAAAAAGGAACAAAUUAAAAGUUCAAAAGAAAAUAUAAAAAAUAAACAAAUUGAUAAUAGAAAAGAUUUUAAAAAAGCAAUAAAAAAAGCUGCAUUAAAACAAGUAAAAAAAAGUAAAGCAUUUCAAAAAAAACAAAAAUUAGAACGUCAGAAAAAUAAAAAAGAAAGUAUGAGAAAACGUAGAAGAAUUGAAAAAGCUCAAAAACGUAUUGGAAAAUCAAAAAAAAAAUUAAAUUGUUAGGUUUUUCAAAAUUUUCUUUUUAAAUAUUGUAAAUAGCACGUAAUAAAUAGUUUUAUAGUA